AUGUCUGAGGAUUUGGCCAAAGAGGUCAAAUUGGUCAUACCAACCCCAACACCUUCGUCAAGCAGUUUCGAAACCCCAAUCCAAACGCCAACCCAAUCAACUUUACAGACAAUAAAGGAGCAGAGAAUAGACUGCGGAUAUUACAGCAAUGUCGGUGAGGAUGUCGAAGCACAAAAGAGCAAACGCCAGUCCAAGCCAAGAUCAUACUGGAAUUUCCUCCGAUAUACAAUCCUCAAUGUUUAUCGUCGCCUUUUCUCAUUCGUCUUUCUCGCAAAUCUCGCGGUCUUUAUUGCCAUCAUGAUAACCGACCAAUCCUCUCUUCUGGCAUUCGUCAAUGCAACAGCAGCAAACUUGACUGUCUGCGGUUUAAUGCGCCAACCAUUGGUAGUCAAUACGAUUUACCUGGUGAUCUGCUCCAUGCCGCGGUCAGCUCCACUACGACUACGACGAAUUGCAUCCAAGGCCUUCCACUUGGGUGGCGUACACAGUGGAUGCGGCGUUGCAUCAUUCGUGUGGUACGUCGGACUAGUGGGCUUGAUCUCCAAGCAUUACUGGUUUCCGGGUGACCAUGAUAGCAGCAGCGCUGGUGCAGCACAAGCACAGCAGCAAAUCUCCACAGCCGUGGUCAUAAUAGCCUAUAUCAUUCUGAUGUUAAUACUGUUCAUCAUGGCUGCGGCUUAUCCCGCUUUUCGGUUCAAGCAUCACAAUGGAUUUGAGCUAACGCAUCGUUUCUCCGCUUGGGUGGUGGUUGCUUUGUUUUUGGCGUUGCUGUUGGUGUUUUCGGAUCAAGCUAGGAAAGCAGAGGGUCUGAGUUUGAGGCAAUACCUCAUUCGGCUACCUGCUUUCUGGCUGCUCAUCGUGGUUAUUGUGGCUAUCGUUCAUCCUUACCUACUCCUUCGAAGGGUGAAGGUGGAACCAGAACCACUUUCUAGACAUGCAAUUAGACUUCAUAUGAACCAUGCACGGACCAGGUUUGGUCUAGGGAUCCAACUUGCCAAAAAUCCCCUGUGGGACUGGCAUUCAUUUGCAACUUUUCCCGAUCGUGCCGCUGAGAGAAGCCCAGAUUCAGUCCUGCAGUCUCCCGAUUCGUUUUCCUGCUUGAUAUCUAAGGCAGGUGACUGGACUGCAGACACAAUUGAUCAUCCACCCCAAUAUCUGUGGAAGCGGGGUGUUCUAGUCUACGGCUUUGCAUACGUGAUGCGCCUCUACGAAAGGAUCAUCGUGGUGACCACAGGAUCCGGUAUUGGGCCCUGUCUAUCAUUCCUAGGUGAUGGAGACAGACCUGCAAUGCGAGUAGUGUGGCAAACACGCUCGCCACUCAAGACAUACGGGCAGGGAAUCAUCGAUCUAGUCAAGCAUAUGGAUCCUGACCCGCUAGUGAUGGAUACUGAUUUAACGGGUCGCGUCGAUAUGGUGCCCAUUAUUGAGCGUAUGGCAAACGAGUUUGGAGCCGAGGCGGUCUGCGUGAUUAGUAACCCUAGGUUUACCAAGAAGUUGGUGUACGAGUUGGAGACGAGGGGUCUGGUGGCUAUGGGUCCGAUCUUUGAUUCGUGA